AUGGUGCUGGUCUCAGCCGUACGGGAUUACAUAAGCCGGAUGUUGCAGGACAUCUCCGGCAUGAAGGUUCUCAUCCUCGAUUCCCACACGGUUAGUAUAGUGAGUGUGGCGUAUUCGCAAUCCGAGCUUCUUCAGAAAGAAGUGUUUUUGGUGGAAUUGGUUGACUCCAUUUCCAAGUCCAGAGAAUCCAUGUCUCAUCUCAAAGCCGUUUACUUCCUUGCACCCACUUCAGAGAAUAUCCAGUAUUUGCGCCGGCACUUGGUUGGUCCUAGGUUUGGAGAGUAUCACCUGUUUUUCUCCAACAUAUUGAAGGAUACCCAGAUUCAUAUUUUAGCUGAUUCAGAUGAGCACGAAGUUGUGCAGCAACUUCAGGAGUUCUAUGCAGACUUUGUUGCCAGCGAUCCUUACCAUUUCACUUUGAAUGUGCCAUCAAAUCACAUUUAUAUGCUCCCAGCAGUUGUAGAUCAUUCAAAUUUGCAGCGCUUCUCUGAUCGAAUUGUUGAUGGAAUUGCAGCUGUCUUUUUGGCAUUAAAACGAAGACCUGUUAUUCGUUAUCAAAGAACAUCUGAUAUUGCGAAAAGGAUUGCACAGGAAACAGCAAAGCUGAUGUACCAGCAGGAAAGUGGACUUUUUGAUUUCAGACGAACAGAAAUUUCUCCAUUGUUGCUGGUAAUUGAUAGGAGGGAUGAUCCUGUAACCCCAUUGCUGAAUCAGGGACCUAUCAGACAACAAAGUGGACUUAAGAACCAUUGGCAAAUUUCCAAAGGAUCAACAGGAGGUUGUGCUAUCAUCAGAACAAGAUGGUUUUUUCAAAAGAACAUGUACGAGAACUUUGGUGAUAUUGGGAUGAACAUCAAGCAGUUGGUUGAUGAAUUUCAGCAAAUUUCGAAGAGUAACCAGAACAUUCAGACGAUAGAGGACAUGGCCAAAUUUGUUGACAAUUACCCUGAGUACAGAAAGAUGCACGGAAAUGUUUCAAAGCAUGUGGCACUGGUUACAGAAAUGAGCAAACUAGUUGAAGAGAGAAAACUUAUGUUAGUUUCACAGACAGAACAGGAGUUGGCUUGCAAUGGUGGGCAGGUGGCAGCUUUUGAGGCGGUGACAAAUCUAUUAAACAAUGAAAGUGUAUCCGAUAUCGAUCGCCUACGACUUGUCAUGUUGUAUGCUUUGCGCUAUGAGAAGGAAAGCCCUGUGCAACUGAUGCAAUUAUUUAACAAACUGUCUUCUAAGUCUGCCAAGUACAAGCCUGGGGGGGUUGAGAAUGUGUACACACAACACCAGCCUCUUCUCUUCCAAACUAUGGAAAGCAUCACCAAGGGACGACUGAGAGAUGUGGACUACCCAUUUGUUGGAAAUCACUUUCAGCAGGGCAGGCCUCAAGAAGUUGUGAUUUUCAUUGUUGGAGGAACAACAUACGAGGAGUCUCGCUCUGUAGCUUUACAAAAUUCUAUGAAUACUGGAAUUCGUUUUAUACUUGGUGGUUCUGCGAUUCUCAAUUCUAAGAGGUUCUUGAAAGAUUUGGAAGAAGCUCAGAGAGUAGCUCGGAUUAGCAAUGCCGUCUGA